UUUGCUGUCAAGGAAAUUACAGCAACGCAUUUUCCUUCUCCUCAAUUAAUUUUUUUUUAUAAAAAUAACCCUUUUCUUUUUUUCUUUUUCCUUUUUUCUACUCCGGCCGGCGAUGUCCGCUUCCGGCCACACCAAGUUGCUUGUCACAGAUCUCGCUGCCACUGUACAACAAGUUCCCUCAAGGUACGUCCGCCCAAUCUCUGACCGUCCAAACUCCUCCGAUGUCAGACCAUCCAACACCUAUUCUUUCUCUGUCAUUGACCUUCACGCCCUCGACGGCCCCUCUCGCCCCGAUGUCAUUUACCAAAUUCGCCGUGCUUGUGAACGCGACGGUUUCUUUCUGGUGAAAAACCAUGGAGUGCCGGAGGAAAUGAUCAAUGGAGUGAUGCGUAUAACGAGGGAGUUUUUCCGGUUGCCAGAAAGUGAGAGACUAAAGAGCUAUUCCGAUGACCCGACGAAGAAGACGAGGUUGUCCACGAGUUUCAAUGUGAAGACAGAGAAGGUGGCAAAUUGGAGAGAUUUCUUGAGACUUCAUUGUUACCCUCUUCAUCUUUAUGUCGAUGAAUGGCCCUCCAACCCUCCUUCCUUCAGAAAAGAAGUGGCUGAGUAUUGUACUACUAUGAGGCAAUUGACCUUAAAGCUGCUAGAGGCCAUUUCUGAGAGCUUGGGGCUGCCAAAGGACUCAAUAGCAAACUCAAUUGGAAGUCAUGGCCAACAUAUGGCCUUGAACUACUAUCCUCCAUGUCCACAGCCAGAUCUCACUUAUGGCUUGCCAUGCCACACUGACCCCAACCUCAUCACUCUUCUCCUCCAAGACCAAGUCCCCGGCCUCCAAGUCCACCGCGACGGUGCUUGGGUCGCCCUCAACCCUAUCCCUAACACCUUCAUCAUCAACAUCGGUGACCAGAUGCAGGUGCUGAGUAAUGAUAGAUACAAGAGUGUACUUCAUCGGGCUGUUGUGAACAAUUCAACAGAGCGAAUUUCGAUACCGACGUUUUACUGUCCGUCGCCAGAGGCAAUGAUCGGGCCAGCAAAGGAGCUGAUCCACGACGAACAUCGACCUGCUUUUAGAAACUUUACUUAUUCUGAAUACUACCAGACUUUUUGGAGUGGAGAACUUGAUACUCGAAGAUGUUUAGAUUUGUUUAGGAUUUAAUGAUUUAUAUCGUCCAAUUAAUUAGAGUACUUGGGUUAUUUCAAAUUUUCAAAAUUGAUUUCCUCCAUUAAAGAGUACUCGAAGAAUGUACCAAAGUCAUCAAGUUUAGAGUUAAAAAGUCUUUUGUUUGGAGUGGAAAAGUAGUAAGAUAGAUCAAUUAUUCACUAAAUGUGAUGACUUCAAUGGUAAACACCAUUGAAGUAUUAAAGUUUUGAAUUAUUUAACAUCACUGUACCUUGUACGUUAUGAAGUCUAUAAGCCAAAUAUUGUUUAGUAAUUUUGUA